AUGACUGCUGUUGCGAGCCCCCCGACCUUUCCCCAGAUCUCGCGGCCAGCAUGGGGAUCCGUUAACGGCAGCACCCCCAUGAAUCCCGACGAAGUGAGAGGCAUGUUUGCGCCACGCAAACAGCUCUCGCGCACAAACUCCUCGUCCUCGGUCUCUUCGACCUCGUCCAAUACCACCGUCGCCACCAACGGCUCCCAAUCCAAUGGCACACCGCUUUCUGCCGCAUCCGAUUUGAGUCAGUGGUCAGGCAACGCCGGCCCUCGGAAACGCCCACAACCUAAGCACCCGUGGCCGGUGAGCAAGGGCGAGCCGCAGCCGGACUUUUCCAGGCUCCCCGCCGGCCGACCGAACGGUAUGGUCGCCCCUCAAGGACAGAUGCAGGUGACCCAUGGCCAGCCCCAGGUGGCUCCGCAACAGCAGCCCGUGAUGCGGCCCAUGCCUCAGGAGCAGUUUGCGCCGGGCCAACCAGUCCUCUAUCUUCUUUCUCUCAACGGCACGUUUGAGCGGAAAACGAUCGCCGUUCCUUUUGCCCCCGACAGCCUGCGGAUCGGUCGGCAAACCAACCAGAAGACGAUCCCGACGCCAACCAACGGUUUCUUUGACAGUAAAGUGCUGUCCAGGCAACACGCCGAGAUCUACGCAGAGCGCAACGGCAAAAUCUACAUCCGCGAUGUCAAGUCGUCAAACGGCACGUUCGUCAACGGCACGCGCCUCUCGCAAGAGAACCGCGAGUCGGAGCCUCAUGAGCUGCAGACGGCGGAUCACCUCGAGCUAGGUAUCGACAUUGUGAGCGAAGACCAGAAGACAGUCGUUCAUCACAAGGUCGCAGCCAAGGUCGAGCAUGCCGGUUUUUUGAGCAACACCAACAAUGUUAUGGACAUGAACUUUGGCGACCUGGACCCGGCGAACGGCACCAUGCUGAUACCGAAUGGUCCGCUCCAGAUGCGCGGCAGAGCGGCCGCCGGUGCCCCUAUGGGCAACAACGGCGGCCGCAUGAUGCAAAACGGCGCGCCCAUGGUUGCGCAGGUCAAUGGCAUGGCGCAACAGCGCUCUUUUUUCCUAGCCCCUAUAGCCACCGACCAGAUCCUCAAGCGCCUUUCUAACGAGAUGCGGAAUGCUCGGCUGCAGGCGCAGGACUUGAGUCGAACGAAUCAGUUCGUUCAUACCCUGCUUUCUAAAGACGACGUCAAGGAUCUGGAGAAGCCCGAACCGCCAGAGCCGCCAAAGCCACAGCCGAUAGUCAACGGCGGCGGUAUCCAAUUCCGAGCCGACCCGAAGGCUCGCUUCUCUGACCCUCCCGCGCCUCCGCCGCAACAGCCGCUUCCUGAGAAGCCUGAUGUGCCGUCACUAAAGCGCGGACCUACCGAGCGACCGAAGUCGGGGCCCCCGAAUCCCUCACCUGUGCGACAGGAGAACUUGAACCAGAUCAUCCAACUCACAGAAGCGCUCAACAACGCCAAGCGAGAUAUUGAUUCUCAAAGUGCCCGUAUGCGCGAGCUGGAGGUCAUGCUACAGAAGGAGCGUGAAGCCCGGGAGUUGGCAGAAGGCUUGGCUCGGCGAUUGGAAGAGAACGCGAGCAGCCGGAUGAAUGGGGCGGCUAAAGCAGGAGAUUCUGAGCCGGAAGAUGAAGUCCCCGCAUCUACGGAGCACGAGGACACACCCAAGACCGACGAAGACGACAAGGCCGCUGUCGCCGAGGCCGCCGCGCGAGCUGAUGCGGCUCAGGAGACAGCAACUGCUCUACAACACCGCAUCGACACGAUGGAUGGCCAGAUGCGCGACAUGCGAGAGCAGCUCGAGUCUUGGAGGCAGCGAUGCGAGGCUGCUGAGUCGGAACGCGAUGCGGAGCGCAAAACGCUGGCAGAGAUGGUGGUGCAGCUCCGAGCCGAGGAGGCCAAGAGGGUUGCAGCCGAAGAAAGGCGACGAUCUCGGUCACGGGAGAGUCGCUCGGAACAGCGCAGCGCGGCCGAGUCGGAUGUGUCGCCGGUCCCUCUUACAGCCAAAGAGCCACCAGGUAGCACGAGCGUGGUUGGCGAGAUGGACGGUGACCCUACGCUAUCGAGAGCCAACACGAUCACGCCGCUCACGUCGCAGAGGGCCGGCCCGGUGCAGGACCACCAUCUGCAUGCGGGCUUGCCAUACGCAUCGAUGCUGGGCGUUGUGCUCAUCGGGAUGGGCUUGAUGGCAUACAUAAACGGUUGGCAGUCUCCUCCUUCGCGAUUGGAAAGAUGA